GUGUCAGUCGGUCCAAUGAGAUCGCGCCGCGUCCUGGAGCCUGCGUGUAGCUCAACUAGCCGGCGAAUGCAAAGGGGUAAAGGAAAUCUUACCUCGAAUACUUGUAUAGUAACAGGGUAUGAUGGUGUAGGAGAGACGGGGUGCUGGUAAGGGUAGCUACAGUCAUUAUUACAUCGUGCAUAGGCACGGUCUUUGAGAAUCCCAAGUUUAAUAUAUUAAAAGGCUAGUCCGAUGGGCAGGAGGAUGACACUGUGGGCUCUCUUCUGCUUUCUAGCAGCAUUCCUGCCUUCACAUACAGAUUCUAUAGCUGUGAUGUCAGUGGAUCUGGGCAGCGAGUGGAUGAAAAUAGCAAUUGUGAAACCAGGAGUGCCGAUGGAGAUCGUUCUGAACAGGCAAUCCAGAAGGAAAACUCCAGUGGCUGUUUGUCUGAAAGAGAAUGAACGGCUAUUUGAGGACGGAGCGUUGGGAGUGUCAGCGAAGAACCCCAAGCUUGUGUUCCGCUAUCUCCAGGGCAUCCUUGGCAAGACGCUUGACAACCCCCAGGUGGCGCUGUACCAGAAACGCUUCCCCGAGCACCAGCUGGAAAAGGACGAGGUCAGAGGCACCGUGCUCUACAGAGUCUCGGAUGAGCUUCGGUACUCUCCUGAAGAGAUUCUGGGAAUGGUCCUCAAUUACUCCAGGAGCCUUGCGCAGGAAUUUGCAGAGCAGCCCAUCAAAGACGUAGUGAUCACCGUCCCAGCCUUUUUCAAUCAGGCAGAGCGCAGGGCAGUCCUACAGGCAGCUCAGAUGGCAGACCUGAAGGUCCUUCAGCUCAUCAAUGACAACACGGCCGUCGCCCUGAACUACGGGGUCUUCAGGAGGAAAGACAUCAACAGCACGGCUCAGAAUGUGAUGUUUUAUGACAUGGGCUCUGAAAGCACCGUGGCCACCAUCGUGACGUACCAGAGCGUGAAGACCAAGGACGCAGGGACCCAACCCCAGCUGCAGAUCAGAGGAGUCGGGUUCGACCGCACGCUAGGGGGCUUCGAGAUGGAGCUGCGUCUGCGGGACCACCUGGCCAAGCUCUUCAACGAGCAGAAGAAGAGCAAGAAGGACGUGCGGGAGAACGUGCGCGCCAUGGCCAAGCUGCUGAAGGAGGCCAACCGCCUCAAAACCGUGCUGAGCGCGAACGUGGACCACAUGGCUCAGGUGGAGGGGCUCCUGGAUGACAUUGACUUCAAGUCGCGGGUGACUCGGGCUGAGCUGGAGGAGCUGUGUGCUGACCUGUUGCAGAGAGUCCCUGGACCAGUGCAGCAGGCUCUCUCCUCUGCAGAGUUGACCAUGGACGAGAUUGAGAGUGUGAUCCUGGUUGGCGGUGCCACGCGAGUUCCCAAAGUGCAGGAGCUCCUGCUGAAGGCAGUGGGCAAGGAGGAGCUGAGUAAGAAUAUCAAUGCUGACGAGGCUGCUGCCAUGGGAGCCGUGUACCAGGCAGCCGCGCUCAGCAAAGCCUUCAAAGUGAAGCCUUUCCUGGUCAGAGACGCUGCCAUCUACCCCAUACAGGUGGAGUUCACCCGCGAUACGGAGGAGGAUGAGGAGGGUGUGAAGAGUAUCAAACACAACAAGCGCGUCCUGUUCCAGAGGAUGUCUCCGUACCCGCAGCGCAAGGUCAUCACCUUCAACCGCUACACCGACGACUUCCAGUUCAACAUCAACUACGGGGACGUGAGCUUCCUCAGUGAGGAAGACCUCCGGAUCUUCGGACCCCUCAACCUGACCACAGUGCAGCUGAGCGGAGUGGGGAGCAGCUUCAAGAAGCACGCGGACACAGAGUCCAAGGGGAUCAAAGCACACUUCAACAUGGACGAGAGCGGCCUCCUGUCCCUGGACAGAGUGGAGUCUGUGUUUGAGACCAUAGUGGAGGAGAAAGACGAAGAGUCCACUUUGACAAAACUGGGCAACACCAUUUCCAGUCUGUUUGGGGGUGGCAGCUCGGAGCCGAAGGAAAAUGGAACCGAACCAGUUCAGGACGAAGAGGAGAGCCAGGCAGAGGGUGGGAAGGAGGAAGAGGAGCCGGCCCAGAAAGAAGGUGACGCUGCCCCGAAGGAGAAGCAGGAGACUGGGGAUAAACCUGAAGGAGAGGCCCAGGCUGAGACGAAGGCCGAGACGAAGGGAGAGGGAGAGAAGUCUGAAGAGAAGACAGAGUCACAGGAUAAGAAGGAAGGCGAGAGUGCCGGGAAGGAGGAAGAGAAGAAGGAAGAGGGGGAAGCUGAGGGACAGGGAGAAGGAGGGAAGAAGGAGGAGAAAGAGGAAGAGAAGCAGCCCAAACCAAAGAUGAAAUCCAAGAUCUCGGAGGAGAUCGGAGUGGUGCUGCAGAUCAACGAUGUCCUUCACCUCACCGCUGAGCAGAUAGACAGCUCCAAAAAGAAGCUCCAGGACCUGACGGAUCGAGACUUGGCGAAACACGAGCGAGAAAAGAUCCUCAACACUCUGGAGGCGUUCAUCUUCGAGACACAGGACAAGCUGGAGCAGGAAGAGUUCCAGGCUGUGCUGACGGGGGAGGAGAAGGAGCAGAUCUCAGGGAAGCUGAGCGAGGCGUCCGGCUGGCUGGAUGAGGACGGGUACUCAGCUGACACUAAGGAGCUGAAGGAGAAGCUGUCUGAGCUCAGGAAGCUGUGCAAGGCCCUGUUCUUCAGGGUGGAGGAGCGCAGGAAGUGGCCUGACCGCCUGGCCGCCCUCGACAGCAUGCUGAACCACACUGCCUUCUUCCUCAAGAGUGCCAGGCAGAUUGCAGAGGAUGAGCAGAUCUUCACUGAGGUGGAGUUGAACACGCUGGAGAAAGUCAUCAACGAGACCACGACGUGGAAGAACGCCACGGUGGCAGAGCAGGAGAAGCGCCCCGCCACGGAGAGGCCCGUGCUGCUGUCCAAGGACAUCGAGGCCAAGCUGGGGCUGCUGGACCGGGAGGUGAAGUACCUACUCAACAAGGCCAAGUUCGCCAAGCCCAAACCCAAAGCCAAACCCAAGGACAACUCCACCAAGACGGAGCCAGAGAGGAACGGCACUGCCCAAGACCAGGAGACAGUCAUCCAGCCCACAGGAGAGGAGGAAACGAAAACUGAAGGAACAGAGGCUCCUGAGCCAGUGAAACCAGCUGACGAACCGCCCACCGCAGAGUCUGAUGGGAAAGACACCAGCAGCCAACCAGAGCCAACGGAACCUUUAGAACUGGAAGCGACGCCCACUCCAGCAUCAACAGAAAGCAGCAGAAAACCGGAAAGCCACGUAGAAGAUGAAUUAUAACACCUGGAGCUCGUCAAAGAGAAAAAUUCAAUGUAUUUAUUGGCAUUACUUUUUUGUAAUGUUGCGGUUUUGUGUUUUCUUUUUUUUUUUUUUUCUUUAAUUUAAAAUGGAACGUGUCCGUGGAUCAGUUUGGAAAGAGGUGUACAUUUCAUGUUUAGGGAAUAGAUUUUUCUCUCGUUCCUCCCCACUGCUAUAAGUGACUGUCCUACUGCCUACCACACCUGCACAGCCCCAGCACACGUUGGGUUAAAUUCAGUGCAAUGUCUUUCCUUUCCUGUUGUAAUCUUAAAGAAGUACAGACCUCACCAAGGGUUUUUUUUUUAAAAAGCACAUAACAGUUCGCUCAAGUCCAUUAUUUUGCUGUUCAUAUUUUAGACUUUGACACGCUGUAUCCUCCCACAGGGCUUUGAGUUCUAUCUGUAUCCCCCUAUAGACAGACAACACAUGCAGCAAGGUAGGACCCUAUUGUUUGUAACACAGGAAGUGAGUCUUAGUGCAGCGCACUGACAUGAAAAAUGGCUUCACCUGAAUCAGCGAGAUCACCAGCAACACAAAAACAGACUUUGUUUUGUGUUUAUAACUGUGGUUGUUGCCCCUUUUAAAGAGUGUUUUGAAGCACAGAGAGACCGGGACUGAAAAACAACUUUGUUUCAAAGAGCUGAUUUCAGGCUGUCUAGGAUAACCGUCCCGAUUUCACUAACUACAAGUUUUUGUGUGUGUGUGUGUUUUUUUUUUAAUAAAUACUUGAAUUUCUUUUAAAGGUUUCCAUUACCCCUUACCGUGGAACAGUAUUAUUUUUACACCCAGAGCUAUCCACAUUAAUAACCAAAUAACUAAACAUUGAGAUUGAAGUCUGGCUGGUGUGUUUUAAACUGCAAGGUAACAGAAGCCUGCCUCGCUUCUACCCAGCAGCGCUCAUUUAGAGUCAGAGCCCGUGCAGAGUAACAUUCCUCUCUAGCACUGAAGGAGUGUUCAGGGGUGUUGCCUUACAUUUUUCAUGUCUCUGGAUCACAGGCUGAGAGCUUGAAAUGAGACCCGUUGCAUGCAGUUUGAGCCAUUUCAGGAUGGCGUGUCGUCUGUUCAGCUCUAGCUCUGUAUGCGAUCGGAGAAAUCCUGUGCUGGGGAGUCUAGCUUCAAUCCUGACUGAUUCUCAAAGCCAGCUAUUAGCAACGUCCAGAUGAAAGCGUCUAGCAGAGUUAUACAAUGUAAAACGAUCACAUGUUGAAAAAUUGAAAUUGCCUUUUUUUUUUUUUAGGCUAGGUUUUUGUUCAGUCCUUUUGCCCCUCCCCUCCCAGAAGAACUGGUUUUGGGUGGUACGAGAGUUUUAUGCAGAGUGGAAGUGUAUAGCUGCCCUAUAUCAGAUGGGGGACGUGGGGGGGUUGUCUUGUGUGGUGUUUUUGUCCCUGAUAAUCAUCCUAUUGAAAUCCAGUAGCGACAUUUGGAAACUGCUGUUGUGGCCUGUGCGUGUUCUCAUUUUAACCAGAUUCAAAUGUAUCGCGAAUGACUGACCGGUCUGUUGCUACUUUUCAAACGCAGGGCGCUGAGCAUAUUCCCUAUCUCCUGUUGGUCUACCCUGUGAAAUUCUGAACAGCGUUCUGAGUAAAACCAAUAAAGACUGCAGUUUUGUUAUUUUCUUUUCUCUGUUGGAGAGUGGGUCAAUAUCGUUCGUCUGUUUUCUUAUUUUUUGUUGUUGUUGUUGGAAGAGCAGAAAAGCGUAUUUAAGAAACUGGGGCGUGAGACAAAAUCUGAUUGUUUUCUAAAAUGUUAAUAAAGAUUUUUUUACUGUAA